AUGCCCAAUCCAUUGACCGAGCAUCCUCUGUUUGCCGGCGCCGCCGGUCUCGGAGCCAUUGCAGCAGCAGCCAGUCUCUGGUCCCAGAAGCCGCCCUCACCAGAAGUCUCCACGACCGAGAAGUACAGGCCUGGCGAUGAUUACACGGACAAUGCCCACCUCGCGGUGGACGUCGUCAAGGAGCUACGAAAAGCUGGAGUGCACUCGACGUUUCACGAUAUCAAGACGCUGUUGACCUUUGCGUUCACGGCUGCGACGCACCAGCCGGUGGAUGAUCGCGAGCUGAUGAUGGAGAAAGUGAUUGCCGUGGUCACCAAGCUGCCUCAGAACUCAAAGGCUCGACGUAAGUUGACUGGCAUUCUGAUCACUGGUCUCUGGAACAGCCUCGAUCAUCCGCCUCUCACUUUCCAGGGCCCUGAGUACCAGUAUCGUAGAGCAGACGGUAGCUACAAUAAUAUCCUUAAUCCACAGCUCGGUGCAGCCAAAACUCCGUACGCGAAAUCGAUCCGAACAGAGCAGAAGCUGAACGCUGCGAGGCCCGAUCCUGGCGUUCUAUUCGACUCGUUGAUGGCCCGUGACGACUCUCAAUACGAAGAGAAUCCCGCUGGCCUUUCGUCUAUGCUCUUCUACCACGCAACCAUCAUCACGCACGACAUCUUCCGUUCAAGUCACACCAACCCAAACAUUUCCGACACAUCCUCCUAUCUGGACCUGGCCUCACUCUACGGCAAUAGCGUGGCAGACCAAAAGAAAAUUCGAGCCUUCGAAGGCGGCAAGCUGUUGCCCGACACCUACUUCGAGGAACGUCUGCUCGCUCAGCCACCGGGAGUCAACGUCAUGCUGGUCUUGUACAGUCGAUACCACAACUUCGUAGCAGACAUGUUGUCGAAGAUCAACGAAGGCGGGCGGUUCAACUUGAAGCCUGUGCCUGCUGAUGCUGAAGACCCAAAGAUGGCGGCCAAGGCUCAGGAUGAGGACUUGUUCCAGACUGCCAGGCUUGUGGUCAAUGGCCUCUACAUCAACGUCUGUCUUCACGACUAUCUGCGUGCUCUGACGAAUACUCACCACUCUGAUUCUACCUGGACGCUCGAUCCGAGAGUGGAGAUCCCAGGCUCUGCGCUCAAGUCUGAGACCGCAAGAGGCAUUGGCAACCAGGUCUCGACCGAGUUCAAUCUCAUGUAUCGGUUCCACAGCGUCAUUUCACAGAAAGACGAAAAAUGGUUCGAGGAGUUCUUCGCCAAAGAGUCCAAAUUGAAGAAGCCUCUCUCGGAAUGUACUCCUCGCGAGGUCCUCAUCGCGCUACAGAAGUUUGAAGGCACCAUUGACGAAGACCCAAGCAAGCGAACUUUUGCAGGACUGCAGAGAGGCGCUGAUGGGAAGUUCGCCGAUGCUGAUCUUGCCCGCGUGCUCAAGGAGUGCAUGGACGAUACUGCGGGCAGAUUUGGUCCGCGUCAUGUGCCCAAGUCGCUACGGGCUAUUGAGAUGAUGGGCAUCAACCGAGCUCGACAAUGGAACACGGCAUCGCUGAACGAGUUCCGCAAGUUCUUCGGUCUCAAGCCUCACGAGACCUUCGAAGACAUCAACCCGGAUCCCGAAAUUGUCAACACUCUUCGCGGCUUCUAUGGACAUCCAGACUUGGUCGAGGCGUAUCCUGCGAUGUGGCUCGAAGAUGGAAAGCCAAGGAUGGAUCCAGGCCAAGGCGCCUGUGUGCCAUAUACAGUCGGAAGAGCCAUCUUCUCCGAUGCCGUCACUCUCGUACGCUCGGACAGAUAUUAUACCAUUGACUACACCGCUGCCUCAUUGACCAACUGGGGCUUUACUGAAGUCCAGCAGGAUCUGUCGACCAUGGGAGGAUCAAUGAUGUACAAGCUCAUCCAGCGCGGCCUACCAGGCUGGUUCGCCUUCAACUCAGUCGCCGUAAUGCAGCCCUUCUUCUCCAAGAAGAUGAACGCUCAAAUCGCAACCGAGCUCGGCACGAUCGGAGACUUCACACAGGACGAUCCCAAAACCCCUCCAAAGCCCAAGAUCGUGACCAAAGCAAGCACAGCACGCAAGAUCCUGACGGACUCCACCAACUUUGUCGUGCCAUGGGGCAAGGCGUACAGAGAUCUCAACGACGGGCAUGACUAUUCGCACUUCAUGUUGUCGGGUGAUGCACCAGCGAACGUCGAGCAGAAGAAGCUGAUGCACAGCUUGCUAUUCAAGUCGCCUGACUUCAAGAAGUUGGUUUCCGAAACGACCUUCCGCAUCGCCGACAAGCACAUCAAAGCGGAGAUGUUCAGCAUGGGCAAGGACUUCCUCGACGGCAAGCCAAAGUUCGAAGUCGACCUGGUCCGUGAUGUUGCCAUCCCUACCCUGGCGGAGUUGCUGUCGGACAUCUUCUGCUUGGGCAUCAAGACCGAUGAGAAUCCCAUCGGCACGUAUAAUGCCGCCGGCCUCACGAGGGAUCUGCUCGCUCUCCGUACUUGGGGAUUCGCCAACUUCGACCCGGCCCAGGCGUGGAGGCGCCGGCGUGAAGCUCGCGAAGCUGCAGACCGGCUACGCACUCGCGUCGUGGCACAUCUGAAGCUCGUCACCGGCAGCAGCGACGGCGGUCUGGUCUCGAAAGCGAUCGGGUAUCUGACCGGAUCUUCCGCAGAUCAUCCACCCAAGGCCAACAGCCUUCGCUGGCACGGAAUCAACACGGCGAGACAACUCCUCGCCGCUGGCAACUCCUACUCCAAAACCGCCGAGAUCCUCUUCCUCUCUGCUCUCGGCGGCAUCGGCAGUCCAAUCUCUCAAUUCACCGAGUCGUACUACUGGCUUACUCAAUCCUCUUCCACUGGCCAUGCCGCCGCGAUCCAAUCACUCGUAUCUUCCAACGCGCCUGAUCUCAACGAUAAGCUGGAGAAAUACAUCCUUGAAGCCGAACGCAUGACCUCGCUCGGCCGGGUCGCCCGCGUCGUCAAGUCGCCCGUCACCGUCGAUGGAGUCUCCUACUCCCCCAGCGACGCCGUAAUCCUCCUCAUGGGCGUCAAUGGAGCCGCCAUGGACUCCGACUUGCACUCCAAUCCAUCAACCUUCGACCUCACUCGCCCUCGACGCAACUACCUCAACGGCGGCUACGGCUCACACGAGUGUCUCGGCCGCGAAAUUAGCCUCUCCUUCUCCACCGCCCUCCUCCACGCCGCGACAGGCCUGCAACUCAUGACCUGGGCUCCCGGCACCGGCGUCCUCCGUCCCAUCUCCGCGCACAAUAACCGCUUCUACCUCUCCGAAGACGGCGCGCACCUGACCUCCGAUCCGACGACGUUAAAGUGUCAUUUCCGUGCUUACACGCAUGAUCGCGGGGCGUUCCUGCCUCUCCCUCCGAUUCCGAAAGAGAUCAUGCCGCCGAGUGAAGGCAAGGUGGAGAGAGGAUUGAGGCCGUCGGAUAUUGCGGAGGAGAAGAAGUACCUGAUUGAGACGGGGAGUACGUACACGAAAGAGGAGAUUGAGGUGUCGUAUUCGGCGAAUGCGCCGCCGGGAGCGAUUGUAUUCGCAGGCGGAGAUGGAGGGAUUCAAAAGGCUGUUCGGAAGGAGUUCGUGAGGAUGAAUACGAAGAUCAACCGGGAGGAGAAGAGGGAGGAGGGCAAGACGGAUUUUGGUCAUGGGCAUUAUCAUCAUCAUCAUAAUUAG